GGAAUACAAAAACUAAUUUGCUUCGCAAAUAAUGCCAAAUACCGAAGUAAUCGGAUGAAAAUUAUUUGAAAAAAAUUAUUUACAACAAGACACAAGUUCUGUCAAUAACAGUAAUUAUAUAAGGAAAGGCGCUAAGAACAACUGAAUAAAUAUUGGCUAAACUUCACACAAUGUAAGCUGUCCUGGCUGUAAUAUUCAGCAAACUGACAAAGGAAAAAAAAAAGAUUGACGAAAAAAAAUACGUCGGCAAAAUGUACGAUUUUGUCCGCCUCGCCAGCACAUAAUAAAAAUCCACUCAACACUGCGUGAAUACGACAUAAGAAGCGCACAUCAUUCAGGCGCAAAUCAUCCGUCAAGCGUCAAGGCGUUAGCCACUUAGUAACUGAACGCAGUAAAGCAACGCAGAGUGGUGUCACACUCUUCAGCACUCCACAGCUCGCGUGUCCGCCUAAACAUGCUUAUCUCACAUCCUGCACCGGCACAGCUUGACGCGGGCAUCCCGAUAGACGCAGCCCCAUCAUACGCCACAGCCACCACAUCGCGCGCGUAUUAUGACGACGUAGCAGGACUGGCUUUGGCCGCUGCUGUCGGCAAUAUAGCCGCUGUCAACUCUUUCGUCGACAGACUGCGCAACAAAAGUGAGCCGGGCGGCGGUGGCAGCGGCCACAGUGAAAGCGACUAUGAUGACGCGGAUAUCGAUCCUGCCUCGGAUUAUGUGCCACCCGAGCAACGACCCGAGACAUAUAUUAUCACAGUGCUGUUUGCGCUCAUCUUUAUUGUUGGCGUUUUAGGUAAUGGCACUUUGGUGAUAAUAUUUUUUCGGCAUCGUUCCAUGCGCAACAUUCCCAACACCUACAUUUUGUCUCUGGCCUUGGCCGAUCUGCUGGUCAUCAUCAUUUGCGUGCCGUUGGCCUGUAUUGUCUAUACACAGGAGAGUUGGACGUUUGGCGCCCAAAUGUGUCGCAUCAGUGAAUGCUUCAAAGACAUUUCCAUUGGCGUUUCGGUGUUUACACUGACCGCUUUGUCUGGCGAGCGCUAUUGUGCGAUAGUGAAUCCGUUGCGUAAAUUGCAGACAAAACCUUUGACCGUCUUUACCGCCACCAUGAUCUGGCUGCUGGCCAUUUUGUUGGCGACACCAUCUUUUGUCGUCUCGGACAUUCAAGAAAUACAUUUGCCGCCAGGUGGACACAACGAGAAUCUGACGAUAAUUGUUUAUUGCUCGCCAUUUGGACGUAAUCGCACUAAUCUGGAGUCGUAUACCAGGUAUACAGUAAUCAGCAAGGCGUUCGUCUAUUAUCUGCUGCCGCUAUUUAUUAUUGGUGCGCUUUACAUCCUCAUGGCUAAGCGUUUGCACACGAGUGCACGCGAAAUGCCCGGCGAAGCGUUGGGCAUGCAGACCCGGUCGCAGGCGCGAGCCCGUCGCCACGUAGCUCGUAUGGUGGUCGCUUUCGUUGUGGUAUUCUUCGUCUGCUUCUUCCCCUAUCAUCUAUUCGAGUUGUGGUUCCAUUUAAAUCCAACUGCCAAAGAGGACUUUGAUGGCUUCUGGCACGCGAUACGCAUAAUUGGAUUCUGCGCGAG